CAAAGCCGGGCCCUGGCCCCGCCUUCCCGCUGCUCGCGGAGGGGGGAGGCGCCUGCUGCCUGCGCCGGGCCCAGCCUCAGCCGCACGAGUGUCCGGCUACGCCGAGCGGCGGGCUCCCGUAGGAUGUGAUGGAGCUCUUAGAGGAAGACCUCACCUGUCCCAUUUGUUGUGGCUUGUUUGAAGAUCCUCGGGUUUUACCUUGUUCUCACAACUUUUGCAAGAAGUGUUUGGAGGGAAUCCUAGAGGGAAAUGUCCGCAGUGUGGUUUGGAGACCACCCCCCAUUUUCAAGUGUCCUACCUGCCGUAAAGAAACUCCUGUUUCAGGAAUCAACAAUUUACAAGUCAACUACUCCCUGAAAGGUAUUGUGGAGAAGUAUAACAAAAUAAAAGUAACUCCCAAAAUGCCUAUGUGUAAGGUGCACAGUGGGCAGCCCCUCAACAUUUUCUGCCGGACCGAUAUGCAGCUGAUAUGUGGUGUCUGUGCCACUCGAGGUGACCACACAAAGCAUGUAUUUUGCUCCAUUGAAGAUGCCUAUUCGCAGGAGAAGUGUGCUUUUGAAACCCUGUUUCAAGGCUUUGAAACAUGGCGUUGUGGAGAUGCGCUCUCCCGGCUAGACACCUUGGAAACAAGCAAGAGGAAAGCGCUGCAGAUGCUGACAAAGGAUUCAGACAAAGUGAAAGAGUUCUUUGAGAAGCUGCAGCACACACUGGAGCAGAAAAGAAAUGAGAUUCUGUCGGACUUUGAGACCAUGAAGCUUGCAGUGAUGCAGGCCUAUGAUCCAGAAAUCAAUAAACUGAACACAAUUCUACAAGAGCAACGAAUGGCUUUUAACAUUGCAGAAGCCUUUAAGGAUGUGUCUGAGCCCAUUAUAUUUCUGCAACAGAUGCAGGAGUUCAGGGAAAAAAUCAAAGUGAUCAAGGAAACCCCUUUGCCUUGUUCCAGUGUAGACAUCAAUCCCACAAUAAAGAACUUUGAUACCAGCCAGUGGAAUGGUGUAAAACUAGUAGAUGUGGACAAGCUUUCUUUGCCUCAGGAAAACAGCAUGCUUAAUUUCAAGAUUCCCUCAGUCUUUUCACGCACAUUUGUAGUGACUUCUCUGAUUUGCUUAUUUAUCCUUGCAGCCGCCAGAAUGACCUUUGUGGAAUCUGUCUUUGACAAUCUUCAGUGCUGGAAAACUCAACUUUUUACAAUUGGCUCAUCCUAUCUGGCAGACACUGCAGAGAUAGCUGACCAUGCCGUGUUUUACUGGGAGCAAAUGACAGAUGGAGCUUCACUUCUAAGUGAAAAGUGCAAAAAUUACACACUAGUGGUAUUGGAUAAUGUUGCACAAUUUGUGUGCAAAUAUAAACUCUUAUAAUGUCCGCUACCAAAGCACAAAUUCAGAAGCCCAAGAAGUGAACAGAACUCUGGUGCAGAAAACGUAACAGUGCAUGCACAGUUUUAAAAAAAAAUCUCUGGCUUCUGAGGGAAGCAUUUAAGACUUGGAAUGUUUACUGAGUUAUUUAUAUUGUUCGUGUAGUUCAAGCACGGAUAGGCUGGAAGGUGAAACCGAACUUUGGAGAAACAUACUUUUGCUUCUGAGAUCUUAUUCCCAAAAACAUUUUGAAAUCAUGCACUUCCUUGCUCUAACCAAAAUAUAAGGCAAAACUAACAAUAUGUAUAGUCAAAUAUUAAUAUAACUGUAUGAGUGAUUUUACAUGUCCUAGAGUAAAAAGUGCUGAUCCCUAAAUGCAUCAACAUUUUGUUGUUGUGGGAGGUUCUUUGAAAUUAGGAAGGACACUUCUGAUUGCUAAGAGAGGUGGGCUGCAAAGUUUGCCUAAGACUGGCCAUCCAUUGCAAAAUACAGAGUAGUACUUUUAUCUCUUUGGAAUCUCUUCAUAAUUGAAGAUGUUAAAUUUCACUGAUUCCUCAUCCUGGGUAUAAGCAGUGCUAUAUAUACAUUGAAUAUUGAUUACAGGGUUUAGUUUAAAAAAAAAAAAGUCUUCAGGGCGGUGGUCUCGAACAGAUUGCAAUAGGAAAGAGAAAUAAGCAGAAGUGAGUGGGGCAGAACUAGCUGCAAGGUGCUCUUAUAUGCUGUGCAAUGACACUUUUCCAGCUACAGUCCUGUCAAGGGAUUGAGCUAUCUUCAUGUUGGAUUCAUGGUUUGUUUUUAAAAGCCACCUGCAACUCUGUGUCUUUCUACAAAGUGCCUCUAAUGUAAAGAGCUAUUGGGAAAUGCACCCACUUGCUCACAAUUGGGGAUACAGUGCAUCUCAUUGUGGCAGUGAGGGUAAAAUACUUAUAUGGUGAAUGCAUGGACUAGGGAGUUUUCUCCAUUCCCUUCCCCUUGGUGGUGGUGGUGGUGGUGGUAGGAAGUAAGAACAGAGCUUGCUUUAAGGUGAAAGAAUGACAGUUCCACCCUGCUCAACAGCCAGGAAGCAAACCUCCCUAAAAAUGCAAUCUUUUGAGCAAUGUGAAGCCGGUGGAGGGGGGAGCAUCUCUUCUCUGCCUCCCCACAUCAGUCAAUCAUGACUUCAACAGCUGGAGAGAUGGUUGCUGCCGGUAAACCUGCUGUGUAAUCACAUCCAUUAACAUUGGCCUUGUUGUGUUAGGAAACUCCUUAGCCCUGAGAUAGGUCAUGCUCCUUUUCUCUGCUCUGCCGUUGGAGCAUGGGUUGGCAUACAUGUGCUACCUUUAAUCUAGCUAGCACAUCCAAAAAUAGCAGUGAUGACAUGGCAGCAUGGGCAAUACAAGUAUGUAUCCAGGGGCCCAGGCAGACUUGUAUAGCUUCAACUGAAACCUGUGGUUCUCUGACUUCUCUGCUAUUCUCAGCACUACUAGCUAAAUUAAAGUUGGUGUGGGUAUGUCAGCCCAUGUGGCAAUUGCACCUCCAGUUGCAGUGUAGACUUACUCCGUGUCAUUCCAUUGGCUGCAGUACACCUGGGAAGAAUUAGUUUAGUGAGUUUCAUGACUUAACUCUAGGAUAAUUGAAUAUAGAAAGAAAUAGUAAAUCAUUACCAUAUCUCUGUAUGGAUAUUUCAUACAAACAUAUUAAUAAUCAAAUCCUUUCAGAUCAGAAACAUUUUGUGAAAUACACUUCCAACUUCUCUGAAAUGUUCUCAUUUCAGAGCAUGAUUGUGGAGUUGCCUUAAAGUACAUUGAACAUUUCUUUUAGCAGUUGGUCACCCACAGUGGUAUGGAAAUGAAAUCAUCUUGUGGUGCUGUAAAACUCAAAUAUUUAUACUGAAUGUCUUGCUUUUGGGGAUAGUUCUUGGUUUUUAUCAGGAUUUUUCAAAACUUAGAGUCAGUCAACUAUUUUUCAACAGGCUUUGGAAGCUGUUCAUGUUUUAUUUUUUUUAUUUUUGUUUCAAGAGUCCAAGUUCCCAAGCAACCAGGACCUGUAAACAGCUAUUUUUAAUUGUAUUUAUGCUUCUUGUUGCCUGGGAACCCUACCGGUGCUACACACCUCACCCAAACAUACAGUAAGAUUACUGAAUGAUACUUGCAGUCCCAGUUGAUUUGCAGUUUAGGAAUAGUUUGGUUAGAAAGACAUAGGUCAGUGUUAAUCUUGAUCGGUGGAGAGACAAUAUGAGCAAUCAAGAAGUGGCCAUUCUGAAUGUGGGAGGCUCAAAAUUUACAACAUGGGCUUCCACCCUGCAACGGUUCCCAGAGUCCAGGUUAGCACGGAUAUUGAAUGGCAAUGACCAUGAAUUCAGGCUGGUGAAUGGACAAUUCUUUGUGGACAGAGAUGGAACUUUGUUUAAUUACAUCCUAGAUUUUUUGAGGACACUCCAGCUUUCUCUGCCCACUGACUUUUCAGACUAUCAGAGGCUGCAAAGAGAAGCAGACUUCUAUGAGCUCCACUCCCUGGCUGAUCUCCUGAGCCAGGAAAACUUGCUGAAGCCAAGACCAGAGAUCUUGGAAGUGCGCUUCUUGCUCCAGGAAACUCGGGCCUUUUUUCGAGUCUUUGGCUCUUGCAGCAACACUGUUGAGGUACUGGCUGGACAGGUCACUGUGUUUACAGAGCAGUCCGUGAGACAGAACUGGAAUAAUAAUCCUUUCCCUUCUCAGAAGCUCCUCACUCCACUUCCUUUGGAGAGACCUUCUUAUCAUGACCUGGUUUUUCAAUGUGGCACUGACUAUUCUGCUGGUGACCAGUUAGUGGCAAGGUAUUCACCUUGUGUGGCUUUUCUUUCUUGAAAUAAUUCCAAGACUUCUACUUCAUAAAAUACAUGCAAUUUGCUACACUGUGAUGAGAUCAUGAGAUAAUCAAUUGAUGGUUCAAUGCCAAGAGGUGACUGAUUUAACUCCUAUUAUACUGAUCUAACUUGUAAGUUUCCUUAACUUUUUAAUGGAUUUUUAAAAAUAUCUUAUUCUCCUAAUUCAUUUGACCUUCCUCUCACCUUUUUGCUCUUUCUAUAUUUCUGAUGUGUCUGUCCAAUGGGAUGGCUGAGUCAUACCGAGAAGCCAUUGGAAAAUGCAAAAUUAAAAUACAGGAGAAGAACCACUUGCCAGCAGUAAUAUUUUUGUGCUCUUGAUUCUCUGCCUAGAUAGAUCCUGCUGUUUGUCCUAUAUGUAACUGCCUCGAUGUUCUGUCAGCCAAGUGACCUAUCCGAAAGGGUUCACCUCUCCUGUAGUAGGCAGAAUGUUUGAUAACUGAAAAUGAAGCCUGUGAGUUAUCUGAAGUAAUAAUGGGCAAUCCGUGAAGAUGUUCCUAAUUGGCUGAACUGAUUACUAAUGGUAGAAAAUACUUUAUCUUAACCACCUCUCCUUUGAGAUGUUUAACUCGGAGCAUGCAGGGUACCUUUUUUUUUUUUUUUUUUUUUGCUGAGGAAAGAAGGAAGCUGACCUCUCUCAUUAGUGAAGUUGCUAAGUCUGAAUGUGGGCUAAUACAAGUUUUGAAAAUUAUAAAAUGAGUUUUGUCACACGUGCCAUUCCCUUGUGCGCAUAAGCAUCCAUAAUGCUUGUAACCUACAGACUGGGAAAACUAUGAAUAAAUAGGAAAACUUUCCCACAAGAACUUUAUCCAAGAUAAAUGUGGAAUAAGCUGGGGAAAAGAGAAGGGGAAGAUAAUUAAAAUGGCUACAAACACACCCUGUAGAUUUCAUUUUGGAGAAGGGGAGAACAGAAUGAUGGAAGUGGGAAUGGAAAACAAAGGUGGAGUUAAGAUAAUGGACUUUCCUUGUUCCUUAACUAUAGAUGUGGGUUUUUGUUUUGAAGAAUAUAAAUUGUAUACACUACAUGAGUUUGGAGGGAGAGUGGGGGCUUAAGAUCUUGGUCCUCUUGCCAUUGAUCUUUCAAUGGGAAAUCAGUGACCUCUAUGCUAGCCACAUCAGGCUCUAGUUACAUAGUUUAUAAUGGUUUUUAGAAGCUCUAAAGAGUGGCUUUAUUAUACAGCUGGAAAUUGUCUCCAUACAAGAAAAGAUAACCUAGUUUAUCGUCUGUGGCUCUUGGAAUGCCUGGAUUUUUUUUAUGGACACUUCACUGGAAUAGUUCCAGUAGGGUUAUUCUUUCUUGAAAUAUAUAAAUUAAACAAUUAAGAGAAUGCUGGAUUUAAAAAAUUCAGUAGGGUUUAUCUUUAUAUUUUGACUUUUCUUUAGCUGAAUAAUUGUAAGAAGCUCAUCCUGGGCUUUCUCACAUAGCACACAUAAGAUGGCACUUAAAUGGUAUAUAACUUGUGGUUUAUUGGACUAACUGUGCAUCAAUGUAGGUUAUGGCAACUUAAAAACAGUGUGAUGUAGUCUUUUAUAACCUCUUUUUUCUGACUGAUUAAUCAAGCUACACUUUUCUGUUGAACUGCAGAGGAAAAAUCUUACAAACUUAUCUCUAAUCAAUGAUUUGUGGUUGUAUGGAAUCUUUACCUUUUAGUGCUUCUUCUGGACCUUUUGUACUUUUUUCAUGAACUAUGGAGCAAUUCUGCCUGUCAAUUUAUGCUACUUUCUAACUGUAUUUUUACAUGGCUUUUGUUCCUUGAGGUGUCUGGAUGAAUUUUUAAACCUCCUGUACUUUAUUCCAAGUAAAAUCAGUUUACUUUAGUUGUAAAUAAUUUUCAUAACUGUAACUAAAAAAAGCUGCUAUGCAAGGUAAACGACCAAUAAACUUCCCUGUUAGUAGGGAAAGGUGCUUUGUAAUGAAGAGUGCUGCUAUGUAAAUGAACCCAGUUAUGCUGACCUUGCACCAAUUUGACUCUUCUUAUCUGAGAAACUGCUGUACGUUAAGCAUUAUGUCAGUCAUUUCCCCUCCAUUAAAUUAAACAAAAUUUAAGAGUUAUUACAAUCACUUGUAAGGAAAAAGUGAACUUCAUAGUGG